AUGCAGUUUACCCUUGAGCCCAGAGAGGAAGCAGAAGCUGCUGGUGGAAAGAAGAGGAAGGAAAGGGUCAGGAAGACCAUUGCCAGAGUGACUGGCAAACCAUCCAUGAUGAUGGAUGAGGAAGAAGAAGAGGAGGAGGAAGAUCCUGCUGCACCUCCUGCCAAGACACAGAAGCUAAUGGGGGGUGCCAUCAGGACUGGGGAUGCUCCUUCUAAGCCCAAGUCUGCCCCCAAGCCUUCUGCUCCAGCUCAAGCCCCAAGACAACAGCUCCCAAGAGAUCAACAAGGAAUAUAUCAGCUGCAGAAAAGAACAAGGCCCCAGUGCCUGAAGUUCAAGAAGAAGAAGAGCCACUAG